UCCGCCCGGCCCCAAGAUGGCGGCGCCCUUUGUCUGUUCCGUGUCACUCUGAGCGUUGCUGCUGCUGCUGCUCGUCGGGAUUAUGUGACGCGCGCGGGAUGGCAGCCAUGCACUUCCCGCAGCACAGCAAGGCGGUCCUGGAGCAGCUGAACCAGCAGCGGCAGCUGGGCCUCCUCUGCGACUGCACCUUCGUGGUGGACGGCAUCGACUUCAAGGCCCACAAGGCGGUGCUGGCGGCCUGCAGCCACUACUUCCGCAUGCUCUUCGUGGACCAGAAGGACGUCGUGCACCUGGACAUCAGCAACGCCGCAGGUCUGGAGCAAGUGCUGGAGUUCAUGUACACCGCCAAGCUGAGCCUGAGCGCCGAAAACGUGGACGACGUCCUGGCCGUGGCCAGCUUCCUCCAGAUGCAGGAGAUCAUCAGCGCCUGCAACACCCUGAGGGCUCUUUCGGGGCCAGCAGAAACCAGCCCAGGCCAGGACGGCCCCCCGGCGGCUGGGCAGGAGAAAGCUGCCGGUGAGGAUGCAGCAGUGGGGGGCACCCUCCGCGAGACAAAGGAGGCCCCGUCCGGAGGGCUCACGAAGGAUGAGGCUGCGGAUCUUGCCGAGGAGACAAAGGAGAGGGGGGUGGCCGAAGCACAGGCCAGCCCCCAAGCUGCAGAGGGCUCUGGCGAGGUGGUGGGAGACGACUCCUUGGGCACGCCCGAGAAGCCAUUGCCAGACUGUCCGCCCCUUGCAGAAAGCAGCCCCGCUUCAAAGCUCCCGUCCUCUGGAGCCACCGAGGCAGUGCUGAAGCUUCCAGCCGAGAUGGAGGUGGAGCUGGAAGAGCGAGACGUCGAUCCCCCCUUGGAGGUAGAAGCCACCCCCCAGGCCCCUGAGCCAAAAGGGGCCCAGCUGGCUAAUGGCAGCCCCCUUGAGGAGAAUGAGUCCGGAGACACCGACUCGGGGCAGGAGAACUCCGCUGGCGAAAUGCGUCUGCUGCGCUCCGGGACGUACAGUGAGCGGACAGAGUCCAAAGCCUACGGGUCCGUCACACACAAAUGUGAGGACUGCGGGAAGGAGUUCACUCACACAGGCAACUUCAAGCGCCACAUCCGCAUUCACACGGGGGAGAAGCCCUUUUCCUGCCGGGAGUGCACCAAGGCCUUUUCCGACCCAGCAGCCUGCAAAGCCCAUGAAAAGACACACAGCCCCCUGAAGCCCUACAGCUGUGAGGAGUGUGGCAAGAGCUACCGCCUGAUCAGCCUCCUGAACCUGCACAAGAAGCGGCACACGGGCGAGGCCAAGUACCGCUGCGAGGACUGCGGCAAGCUCUUCACCACCUCGGGCAACCUGAAGCGCCACCAGCUGGUGCAUAGUGGGGAGAAGCCCUACCAGUGCGACUACUGCGGGCGCUCCUUCUCAGACCCCACCUCCAAGAUGCGCCACCUGGAGACGCACGACACUGAUAAGGAGCACAAGUGCCCCCACUGCGAGAAGAAGUUCAACCAGGUGGGGAACCUCAAGGCCCACUUGAAGAUCCACAUUGCAGAUGGGCCACUGAAAUGCAGGGAGUGCGGGAAGCAGUUCACCACCUCAGGCAACCUGAAGCGGCACUUGCGCAUCCACAGUGGGGAGAAGCCCUACGUCUGUGUGCAUUGCCAGCGCCAGUUUGCUGACCCUGGAGCAUUGCAGCGCCACGUGCGCAUCCACACAGGCGAGAAGCCAUGCCAGUGUCUGAUCUGCGGCAAGGCCUUCACCCAGGCCAGCUCGCUGAUUGCUCACGUGCGCCAACACACGGGGGAGAAGCCCUACGUCUGCGAGCGCUGCGGCAAGAGGUUUGUGCAGUCCAGCCAGCUCGCCAACCACAUUCGCCACCAUGACAACAUCCGGCCCCAUAAGUGCAGUGUUUGCAACAAGGCCUUCGUCAAUGUGGGGGACCUCUCCAAGCACAUCAUCAUCCACACAGGGGAGAAGCCGUUCCUCUGCGACAAGUGUGGCCGCGGAUUCAACCGCGUGGAUAACCUCCGCUCCCACGUGAAGACCGUCCACCAGGGCAAGGCUGGGAUGAAGCUCCUGGAAGGCGAGGAAGGGGAGGAGGAGCUCAACAUUGUGACGGUGUCCUCUGAUGAGAUGGUGACGCUGGCCACGGAAGCCCUGGCGGCCACGGCAGUCACGCAGCUCACAGUGGUCCCGGUGGCAGCUCCGGUCACAGCAGAUGAGACGGAAGCACUGAAGGCCGAGAUCACAAAGGCGGUGAAGCAGGUGCAAGAAGCAGACCCAAACACCCAGAUUCUCUAUGCCUGCGACUCCUGUGGGGAGAAGUUCUUAGACGCCAACAGCUUGGCUCAGCACGUGCGGAUCCACACAGCACAAGCCUUGGUUAUGUUCCAGGCAGAUGCGGACUUUUACCAGCCGUACGGAGCCCCCACGGCGUGGCAAUCCGAGCAGGCCCUCCCCUCCAGCGAGCUCCUCUUCCAGGCACGAGACGGGCACGAGGCCCCACAGCCCUCUGUCACAGACGCCCCACAGCCGGGGGGGGGAGCGCCCGAUUCUGCAGAGUGA